AUGACAGUCUCCGAAAUAAUUGAGGAUGAGAUGCCAGAACAACACACAGAAUUUUUUGCUCAUUUGAGUUAUUUCGGUAUUUCUACGCUUGAUGCCGACGGAAGACCUUGGGCAACAAUUCUUGUUGGCUCACCUACAACACUCAUUUAUCCUGUAUCCAAAAUGCAAUUGAACAUUUCUGCAGAGGUAUCAGAAGGCGAUCCAUUUGUUUCCAGUAUAAUGAGUACAAUUCAUGCUACCGGUCGUUAUUUCGCUGGACUUGGUGUGGAUUUUAGCAACCGUCGAAGAAACAAAGUAGCAGGAUUUAUUGCUUCCUCUGAUAUCGUGAACAAUAUCCUCAACAUGUCUCUAAUAACCAAUGAAAGUUUAGGAAAUUGUCCAAAAUAUAUUACAAUUCGAAAAUUGAAAUAUCACAAAAGACAUUCACAAAUUGGAGUUGACCAUCGAAUUGAAGACAAUGUUUCUUUAAAUGAAGAAUGCCGAAAUAUAAUCAAUCAAUCUAGUACCAUAUUUCUCGCCACUCGUCACAUGAGUCAUACUUCUGGCAACACUUCAGAUCUUGGUUUGAACCAUCGUGGAGGACCUCCUGGAUUUGUUCGAGCUUAUGAAGAAAAUGGAAGUACAUUUAUUGUUAUUCCAGAUUUUUCGGGAAAUCGAUUCUAUCAAUCUCUUGGCAACAUUGAAAGUGAUCGAGUUGCUGGGGUUGUAUUUCCUUGCUUUACCACUGGUGAUAUGCUUCAUGUGACUGGUAUUGCUGAAAAUAUUUACGAUGAUGAAGCUGAACGAAUCAUGCCUCGUGUUACCUUGAUUACUCGAAUCAAAUUGACUGGACAUGUGUGGAUUAAAGAGGCUCUCAACCUCGAAUUACUUGCUCCUGAAGAAUAUUCUCCCUAUAAUCCACCCGUUCACUACCUUGCUAUUGAACUCGAAAAAAUGGGCAAACCUGCCAAACCAGACAACAGUCGGGCUACCUUGCUAGAUAUUAAGAAACUGACCAAGAAUAUUUCAAGAUUCACAUUUGAAUUGGAAAAAAAAGUUACAUUUAAACCUGGCGGAUAUGUUAUUUUCGAUUUUUCACAUUUGAUUAAACGCGCAUAUCGUCACAUGAACGAUGCCAAUCCUCAGUCCAUCAAUGAUGACUACGUUCGAACAUGGACCAUCUCUUCAUCGCCGUCAUUUGACUCAAAUACGAACACGUUCCAAGCCACAAACCAGGUAUCAUGUACCAUCAAGCAUCGACCUGAAGGUGCGAUAUCUUCUUUCUUACAUUCUCGCUCGAUUGACCGGCAAUCGCCACUAGAUGUCCAAUUCAUUGGAGUGGGUGGAGAAUUCACCUGCUUUGAUGAAAACAAUCAUGCUCCUGAAAAAAUUUUAUUCAUCGCAGGUGGUGUUGGUUUCACACCAUUCUUGGCCAUGUUCGAAGCUUUGUCCCAAACCAAACAGAAGGUUGAUAUCGUCGUUCUUUACGCUGGUCGUGGUGAUGAAAUUAAUCUACUUAACGACUUUAUCUCAUCUCCUAUUGUUUCCAGCGUCUCCGUCUUUGACUCGACUGGUAUCAAUGCUCCUACCGAACGUGAAUCCUUCAAAAUCUACAAUCGAAGAAUGCAGUCCAGUGACAUCAUCAAGGUUUCUGAUGUUACUAACAGACAGGUUUAUAUUUGUGGACCUGCGCAAUUUAUGAUUGAUGCUGGCUUGUGGUUGGAAAAGGCUGGUGUUAAACCAAGUCAAAUUAAGAGGGAAUCUUUUCUCUUUUGA